CAAAAUGUCAACACAAAACUUCAAAAUCACAAGCGAAUGUCUAAUAUUUCUUUAAAUAGACAUCGUUUUGGUGAUUUUCAAAGAUGGCUUUGUUUGAGAAAACAUCUUCAUCGAAAGCUCAAAUAGAUGACACGGAGGUUUUGUCGGCUUACAUUGAAACAGCUCAAAAAACAGGCGACCAUAUCGAGUAUAUUUUAAAGGUCCAGAGAGGAGCAGGGAAAGAGAACACUUGGCAACUGACAAAGCGAUACAGCGAUUUUGAUAAUUUAGAAUCACAGUUACGCAUCUCAAAUAUUGAGUUUAAACUACCUCCUAAGAAAGUGUUUGGAAAUUUUGAAAGAGAAUUCAUUGCUGUGAGACAGAAAGGGUUACAGGAUUUUCUGGAUUCAGUUUUAUCCAACCAUUUUCUGAGUCAGUCUUUAUGUGUUAAAAGAUUCCUGGAUCCUAAAACAUAUUCUACUAAUUUCCCAGAAGUAGCAUUACAACAUGUCUCAAUGAUCUUCCGAUCGGAACCGAAAUGGGAUGUCAUAGAACCUCUUGUAGAUAUAGGUACAAGAAUAAGAAAGCAUUAUAUCAUGGUGAAACCUAUUGGUCAACCAAAAAUAAAACAGAUUUUAUCUUGGAGUGAUUUUGGACUGUAUCAGUAUAUAGGAGAGAGAGAAUUGACAGCCAUAAUGACUUUAUUAUCAAGUAUACAGCAUCCUCAUAUUUUAACCCCGGUGUUUUCUACGUCCAAUGAAAAUGGAGGACUUGUGAUAUCUAGUUAUUGCGAGAAAGGAACGUUACGUGAUUAUUUGUGUAAAUGUAAACCAAAAGGACAUUACAUUAAAAAAUACUCCAACCCAAAACUGUGUUCUCCUCUAGAUAUGAGAGCGAUCAAAUUAUACGGAAAACAGAUUUUGGAAACAUUGAAAUUUUUACAGGAGAAACACAUUCCACAUGGUCAUCUACAUACUGGUAAUAUUAUACUUGAUAAUGAUGUUUGUUAUCUAACUGAUAUACAUAAUAGUUUACUGGGUUUACCUUCUUAUUAUAGACCCUUUUAUACUCAAUAUAAAAAAAUACAGACUGUAGAGUUAAUAGAUGUUUAUUGUUUUGGUCAUGUUCUGUAUGAAAUGACGUUUGGUACCCAACUUAAUACACCUUCCUGUGAUAACUUCCCCCCUGAGUGUCCCGCUCAAAUCAGGUCUGUACUAGAAUCUAUCUUAACGACAGAAGCUUGUAAAAAUGGCAUUCCAGCACUGGCUGACUUAUUCAUGCAUCCGUUGUUUUCGGAUGUCGGCCAGCAAGUUAAAGACAAACCACAACUAAAAAUACCACAUAAAUUAAAAGAUGUUUUAAAAACAGCCAAAUCCCAGUUCGAAGACAGACUGCAUGAAGAACAAAAAAAAAUCAGUAAGAUUAAGAGAUUGUCGAAGGCCAAGGAAUUCCACAUGUCAGAAGAAGAGAAGAAAAAACGUAGAAAGUCAAGAAAGCGAUCAUCUCCUGUUCCACCACCACCACCACCACCUGUGGCUGCCCCUGUACCUCCUUCUCCACCAGCAGUAGCUGCAGCACCUCCGCCCCCACCCCCACCUGGACCCCCAAUGAGAUCAGUGUCAGCGCCAGCUGGAGGAAAUACAGAGGGACGAGGGGCUUUAUUAAGUUCUAUAUCAUCGUUUAGUAAAGGAGGAUUAAAGAAGACAAAAACAGUGGAUAAAAGUGGUCCAAGGAUAUAA